CUUUUCGCUCUUCCUUUCCCCGUCCCCUUAUUCUCUCUCUUAACUUUCUCUCUCAUCAUUCGUUUCAUAUAUCCUCCCUCAGCCACCGCCUUCCCCUCCACACGCACACAAAAAAAAAUAAAAAAAAUCAGCUCAUUCAAUUCCUCCUCCUGUUCAAUUCCUCGAAUUCGAAAUAGUUCAUAUCAUUUCUUUGAAAAAACUUUAUAUUGAUUUGAAUCUAUUUUUGAUUUUAUUUUCUUCAUAAAGAAUUGAUCGAAGAGAAGAGGAAGAAGAUGGCUGAAGAACACGGAUUUCAGGCUCCGGAAGGCCACCAUCUAUGCGCCAACAACUGCGGAUUCUUCGGCAGUCCGGCGACCCUAAAUCUCUGUUCCAAAUGCUACAGGGACUAUUGUAUGAAAGAAGAACAAGCAAAGUCGGCCAAAUCGGCGGUCGAAAACUCUCUGUUCGCUUCCUCCUCCGUUCCGGCGGUUGUCCUGACGUCUUCUUCUGGCGUGAAGUCGCCGGAAACCGCCGGUGAUGGACGGACGCCGGUGGUUGAUGUGGCGGUGCAGCCGGUGUGUCAGCCGAACCGGUGUUCCGCGUGUCGAAAAAAGGUCGGAUUGACCGGGUUCAAGUGCCGGUGCGGGACCACGUUCUGUGGGACCCACCGGUACCCGGAGCAACACGGGUGCACGUUCGAUUUCAAGUCCGUUGGGAGAGAGGAAAUCGCGAGGGCCAACCCCGUGGUGAAAGCGGAGAAGUUGGAGAAGAUAUGAUCUGAGCCGUUUGAUUAGCCGACCGUGUACGACCAAUUAUUUGUUUGAUGGCCGUCGGAUCCGAAGAGAAACGCAGAUAAUCACGUCACGCGCUUCUUCUUGUGGGCCAAAACCUCAUAUAUAUAUAUAUAUAUAUAUAUAUAUAAAUCUCUCUUUUUUUCAACUUUUGAUUUGAUUUUCUUUUAUUUUUAUUUAAUGGUGGCCUUUGCAUGUAAAAAGCUUUGUUUGUGAUUAAAAAAAAAAAAAAAAAUGCCUCUUUGUGAUUUUAUAAGUUGGGUCCAGUUGAAGAUUCCUACUUGUUUUCAACCUGUCAAGUUGUGUUGUGUGCAUUAGAAAGGAAGUUUGGUGGAAUGAAAAGGAGUGCUUGUAUUAGUUUUAAAUGCCAAUUGUUGGCAUGUCAUUAUUUGGCCAAUUAAGGAUUCAUCACUGUUGUGGCUGU